GGGUGCGAACACACUAAAACAGUGCAGACUAAGCUUACUUGUAGUCGCAGUAUUCUGCAAGGCACCCGACGUCAUGUGCUUCCUUCCACUCCUCCUUCCACUCCUGCUUCCACCCCCCGACACCGUCGCUGUAGGGAAGGCACGUACCGUGGUCAACUGGGAUAUUGGUGUAGCAGGAGAUGACUUGGCCGAGAACCGAAACAUGGCCAUGUUGUGAGUCAAAUUGACUUGUCUCCAGAAUUUAGGGGUGACGCAACGCCGAGCGGUUCGCAGCAGGUGGCGCAAACGUGCGAGAAAGAGCGCUCGUGCGUCCCACUCAUCGAGACCGGGAAGCCGCGUCUACGUCGACACCCAAGUUUGUUCGCCAUGGAACAGCAACCUAGUACGUCACAGGCGGGUACCGCGUCCGAUGCGCCUCCCUCCUCGCUCCGUCCAUCAGCCCCGGGCAGGAAGCGGAGCUCGUCCGGGGCGAGUGGGUUGUUGUCCAAGCUUCCGUUUGUGCGCUCCACAGGAGAGCACCGCCCGCGAUCCCGACGCAACACCAAUGAGACAGACUCGGCCGGCCCGACCCCAACACUGCCGGUGCCAUCCUUCGUUACGAUUCCGGCCGACGCUCCCCAGCGCACCGUUCCCGCAACCGCAACCGCGGCCCCACCCCCACCGCAACCUCAGAUAGCGCAGCAUUCGGCGCUGCAGACGACGCAGAAGACACGACGGCGUAGAGGGUCGUUGCGGAAGGUUGCCUUACUCGGCCGAGGCGCCCAGCGAGAGCGACGCGAAGGGCGGGGAUUGACAAUUGAUACGACGCUCGACGAUGGGAGUGGCCGGAUACCGUACCAAGUCGUGACCUCGGGUGCGGAACACAUGCUAUCCAGUCCGGCGCCGAGAGACGGGCGAACCACAGUCACCGCGAUACAGAAGGACAACCGGGCGGACGUACGGCACGGUCUCGCCAUCUCAGAGAUGACCCCACGCCCGGGCAUGGACGAUUACCACCCCCGAUCCGCUACUUCCAACUCGGACCAGGGCGCGACACCCACAGCACCCCAAGUACUUUCCCCGAACAUGGAGAGGCCAAAGCCCGACGCAGCCAGGCAGGCCGCCGACAGGAGCCCGAGCAUGAGCUACAGCACGACCGACGACGAAGAUGCCCUGCACAUGUCCCGGUCCAACCCGGCAACCCUCCCCAUUCCGCGUUCCGGCAACCCGUCCGUCUCGCUCUCGUCGUCUUCAGCCAUCAGCCUACCACAUCCGGAGCGCGGCUCCAUCUCUUCGGGAUCUGAAUCCUACUACCUCGCCCGCCCGCCCGGCGGCGGGCUCAGCAGUGGCGGCAGCGCCAUGGGCGGCGCGAUCUCAUCGACCCAGCGACGCCGGAGCGCCACGAUCCAGCGCGCCAAAUCCCCGCUAGCUCUGACCUCCCUGGCCACCCCGCUCCCGCAGCCCGACGCGGAGUGGGACUACUCCGAGACGGAGUGGUGGGGCUGGAUCAUACUGCUCGUCACUUGGGUCGUCUUCGUCGUCGGCAUGGGCUCGUGUCUCGGGGUGUGGAGCUGGGCGUGGGACGUCGGCACCACGCCCUACGCGCCGCCCGAACUCGAGGACGACCCCACGCUGCCGAUUGUGGGCUACUACCCGGCGCUGAUGAUCCUGACGGGCGUCAUGGCAUGGGUUUGGGUGGUGGUGGCGUGGGUCGGGAUGAAGUAUUUCAGGCAUGCCCAGGUCAGCGGGGAUUGAUGGAUGUGGUCUUGGUCAAGCUUAUUUUUCGAUGGGUGAAUGCUGAGUUUUUUGUGGGUGGUGUAAUGGCUGGUAUACUUCUAAUACCCCUCAGUCAUGGUUGUAAUGAACUGGAUGCUAUAUCACGUCACCCCUUGGGACCGCGACGGUAUGCAUAGAACCCGCGGAGAGGAAAAAGCUGAAAAAGAAUAAUGCAUUAGCGAGAGAGCCUCUUUAUCAUCCAGUUCCUGAGCGUAGCAUGAUUGAU